AUGACAACACCGGAUGUCUUUCGAGAUGCGGAAUACAUCGCUGACGUGUCCGGCAUCCAACAUGGCAGCAUCACGGAGGCGUCUCCUACGAUCCAGGAUGAGCGCUUGAGGAAGAAGCUUCAGACCGCCGCGAAACUCGCGUUCAUCGACCGUCUACUCCGCGAUCUCGACAUCAUUAUCUACUGCGAGUUAUCGGCGCUCUACUACAUGGAUUGUUCAAUAGUACUUUUCGCGAUCCGGGCCAUUGCACAACUGAUCUUCUUUACCCCCAAAGCACCUCCUUUCGACCCGACGCGGAAUCAGCCCUUUAUCGGAGCCAUCCUCGCAAGUAAUCUAUUUUGCAUGAUCAUUCACAACUUUUUCGGUCAGCCCGAGGCCGACGAAUCAACGCGCGGCUAUUUACAUGGUGGAAUCCUCAUCGACUUCAUCGGCCAAAAGGCCCCCGUGCCGCUCACACGACUCUUCUUCCUCGACCUGCUCGUCAUGUUCCUCAAUUUCGUCAUGCUAGGCCUCAUAGUAGAGCGGGUAAAAGUGGCCGAGUCGAGGGAUACCACAGCAGCUGCCACUACUACCACGGCUACGGAGGAUUCAUCCACCCAAGCGCAGGACCACGACCAUGAGGAGCGAGGCCUCCUAAACCGCGAAACCGAGACCGGAGCGCAGCCAGCAAACGACGAUAACGAGAUCAGGGAGCAGGCCUCCCAGCCUCCCAGCGAGGAAGAGCUCGAACGAACCCGAUUACUAGCCGACCCAGAAGAGAACGGAGGACACACAAACCACCAACAUGCCCUAGAUGAGUAUUCCUCGGGUGAAGCCGUGAUAGUGCGCAUGGGGCUGUUCGAUGUUAUUCGGGACCAAUGGCGAUACCGUCCUUCUCCCAUCCGGCGACCAAAUAGUUUUGCACCGUCUGACCAAACGGCGACCUUUUUGCGCGAACGUUUUGGUCUCCAGGUCGGGGCUAAUGGACGGUUAGAGAGAAUCACGACGUAA